AUGAACGUAGAAUCAUACAAACCGGCUGGUGCAGAAGGAUCUGUUCCUUUAAAAGAAUGCCCAGUGAAAUGCAAGAUCCGUUGCUCAGCUACGUCACACAAGAAACCAUGCAAUUUCUAUUGUAACUACUGUUGCAAGAGGUGCCUGUGUGUUCCGUCCGGCACGGUGGGCAACAAGGAAGAAUGCCCGUGCUACAACAACUUGAAGACCCAAGAUGGCAAGCCUAAGUGCCCGUGA